CAGUUUUGCACAGCUGUCUUGUGUCUACGGCGUGGCAGAGAUUCGUUGAUUCUUUCUCUUUCUUUUACGGGAGUGCGCCAUCGUUGGCGUAUCGUAUUUUUUGGUUGUGCUUGAGAAAAUCAUAAAACAUCCAAAAUGGUGAACUUUACGGUUGACGAAAUUAGGGUCAUGAUGGACAAAAAGAAGAACAUCCGUAACAUGUCUGUGAUUGCCCAUGUUGAUCAUGGUAAAUCAACCCUCACAGACUCCCUUGUAUCUAAAGCCGGUAUUAUUGCUGGUGCCAAAGCUGGAGAAACUAGAUUUACAGAUACUAGAAAAGAUGAACAGGAACGUUGUAUUACCAUCAAAUCAACUGCCAUAUCUAUGUACUUCGAGUUGGAAGACAAAGAUCUUGUCUUCAUCACCAACCCAGACCAACGUGAAAAAGAUGAAAAAGGUUUCUUAAUCAACUUAAUUGACUCUCCUGGUCACGUAGAUUUCUCUUCAGAAGUAACAGCUGCCCUUCGUGUCACAGAUGGUGCUCUAGUAGUAGUAGAUUGUGUUUCUGGUGUGUGUGUACAAACGGAAACUGUACUCCGUCAAGCUAUUGCUGAACGUAUUAAGCCCAUUUUGUUCAUGAACAAGAUGGACCGUGCACUCUUGGAAUUGCAAUUAGAUGCUGAAGAACUCUACCAAACUUUCCAACGUAUUGUAGAAAAUGUCAACGUAAUUAUCGCCACCUACAAUGAUGAUUCAGGACCAAUGGGCGAAGUCAGAGUUGACCCAAGCAAAGGUUCAGUUGGUUUUGGUUCUGGACUUCACGGUUGGGCUUUCACACUCAAACAAUUUGCUGAGAUGUAUGCAGAGAAAUUCAAGAUCGACGUAGUCAAGCUAAUGAACAGAUUGUGGGGUGAGAGCUUCUUUAACGCCAAAACUAAGAAAUGGGCCAAACAAAAGGAUGAUGACAAUAAACGUUCCUUCUGCAUGUACAUUCUUGAUCCCAUUUAUAAGAUCUUCAAUUCCGUCAUGAACUACAAGAAAGAAGAGUAUGAAGCACUUUUACCUAAAUUAGGUAUUAUUUUGAAACAUGAAGACAAAGACAAGGACGGUAAACAAUUAUUGAAAGUCAUAAUGAGAACUUGGUUGCCUGCUGGUGAAGCAUUACUUCAAAUGAUUGCCAUCCAUCUCCCAUCUCCAGUAGUUGCCCAAAAAUACAGAAUGGAAAUGUUGUACGAAGGUCCAUUGGAUGAUGAAGCAGCAUUAGGAAUCAAGAACUGUGACGCCACUGCUCCCUUAAUGAUGUACAUCUCCAAGAUGGUACCCACCUCCGACAAAGGUCGUUUCUACGCCUUUGGUCGUGUCUUCUCCGGUAAAGUCGCUACAGGUAUGAAGGCCCGUAUCAUGGGUCCCAACUACACACCAGGCAAAAAAGAAGAUUUGUAUGAAAAAGCCAUCCAACGUACCAUCCUUAUGAUGGGACGUUAUGUUGAAGCCAUCGAAGAUGUACCAUCCGGUAACAUCUGUGGUUUGGUCGGUGUUGACCAGUUCUUGGUCAAGACUGGUACCAUCUCCACUUUCAAAGAUGCUCACAAUUUAAAGGUCAUGAAGUUCAGUGUGUCUCCUGUUGUACGUGUUGCUGUUGAACCCAAGAACCCUGCUGAUUUGCCAAAACUUGUAGAAGGUUUGAAACGUUUAACCAAAUCAGAUCCUAUGGUACAAUGUAUCAUUGAAGAAUCAGGUGAACACAUUAUUGCCGGUGCCGGAGAACUCCAUCUUGAAAUUUGCCUUAAAGAUCUUGAGGAAGACCACGCAUGCAUUCCUAUUAAGAAAUCGGACCCUGUUGUAUCCUACCGUGAAACAGUCAGUGAAGAAUCUGACCAAACGUGCCUCUCCAAAUCACCAAACAAACACAACAGAUUAUUCAUGAGAGCCCAGCCAAUGCCUGAUGGUUUGGCUGAAGAUAUCGAUGAAGGAAAGGUCAACCCACGUGACGAUUUCAAAGUCCGUGCUCGUUACCUUACUGAAAAAUACGACUAUGAUAUCACUGAAGCCCGUAAGAUCUGGUGCUUUGGACCCGACGGUACAGGACCAAACAUCCUUGUCGAUUGUACAAAAGGAGUGCAAUAUCUUAAUGAAAUCAAAGAUUCCGUUGUUGCUGGUUUCCAAUGGGCCACCAAGGAAGGUGUACUCUCUGAAGAGAACUUACGUGGUGUUAGAUUCAACAUUUAUGAUGUUACUCUCCAUGCUGAUGCCAUUCACAGAGGUGGUGGUCAAAUCAUCCCAACAACCCGUAGGUGUCUGUACGCUUGUUUGUUGACUGCAUCUCCCAGACUUAUGGAACCCAUCUACAAGUGUGAAAUUAUGUGUCCUGAAGUUGCUGUUGGUGGUAUCUAUGGUGUACUUAACAGAAGAAGAGGACACGUAUUUGAAGAGGCCCAAGUCGCCGGUACUCCAAUGUUCAUAGUCAAAGCUUACCUACCUGUAAACGAAUCUUUCGGUUUCACUGCCGAUUUACGUUCCAACACUGGAGGACAAGCCUUCCCUCAAUCAGUCUUUGACCAUUGGCAGAUCUUGCCUGGUAACCCAAUGGAAGCUGGAACUAGACCAUAUGGUAUUGUACAGGAUACACGUAAGAGGAAGGGUCUUAAAGAAGGACUUCCAGACCUCAUGCAAUAUCUGGAUAAAUUAUAAACAUCCAAGAAAUCUAAUUUAUGUACAGAUUAUUUAAUAAAAUUAUUACAAUUUACUCAACAACUUAUAGUUAAUUAUAAUUGUAUUUUUUUAUCUGGAAGUUUUUUUAGUUGAAAGAUCAAAUACAAGUUAAAUAAUCUGCAAAAGUUUUUAUUUGUUAUAUUUUAUAUUCUUUUUGUUGAUAUUCCGGAAUAAUUUGUAUAUUUAUUACCCAUUGACAUCAAUAGUAAAUUUGAUAAAAACUAAAAUUAUGCGUAUUUAUUUUUUUAUCGUUUUUUAGGGAAUCUUAUUAAACCCCUUAAUUUUGGAAAAUCGCAAUUGUCUAGUUUAAUUUUAAAGUACUGAUUAAUUAAUGUUAAGUAUACUGUUUUUGGAUAAUGUAUAAAAUAAAACUCAGUUUUUUUUAUGAAA